AUAAUUGAAGGAUUUAUGAAAUCCAGAGGGUAUCACCAGCUGCUGCUUUGCACAUACCAAGGACAUGAAUAUUUUCCAAUGGAGAAUUUACCUAGCUUAAUAAAUAAAAGUCCAAGAGCAGGUCACAGCAUUAACAUUCAGUGGGAGUGCAGCGAGAAUCAGAUUCAAUCUCUGGCAUUGCUGGGCUUGUGGCUUGUGGUUGAUUUUUUAUUUACUUUGCAAAAGUUCCUGAUAGGCGGAGCAUCUAGUUUCAACUUCCUUUUGCAGCAAGUUCUUUCCUGCACUAAUCACAAUUCUUGGAAGAGGAGAAUUGGACAUUGUGAACAGAGUUAGCUGGUAAAUGUCCUCAUAAAAGAUUCAAAAAAUGAAACUUCUAGCAAAGAUUAUUUGCCUUAUGUUAUGGGCUAUUUGUGUAGCAGAAGAUUGCAAGGAACUUCCUCCAAGAAAAAAUACAGAAAUUCUGACAGGUUCCUGGCCUGACCAUACAUAUCCAGAAGGCACUCAGGCUACCUAUAAAUGCCGCCCUGGAUAUAGAUCUCUUGGAAAUAUAGUAAUGGUAUGCAGGAAGGGAGAAUGGGUUGCUCUUAAUCCAUUAAAGAAAUGUCAGAAAAGGCCCUGUGGACAUCCUGGAGAUACUCCCUUUGGUUAUUUUAGCCUCAUAGGAGGAAAUGUGUUUGAAUAUGGUGUAAAAGCUGUGUAUACAUGUAAUGAGGGGUAUCAAUUGCUAGGUGAGAUUAAUUACCGUGAAUGUGACACAGAUGGAUGGACCAAUGAUAUUCCUAUAUGUGAAGUUGUGAAGUGUUUACCAGUGAAACCACCAGAGAAUGGAAAAAUUAUCAGUGGUGCAAUGGAACCAGAUCGGGAAUACUAUUUUGGACAAGUAGUACGGUUUGCAUGUAACUCAGGCUACAAGAUUGAAGGAGAUAACGAAAUGCAUUGUUCAGAAGAUGGUGUUUGGAGUAAAGAGAAACCAAAGUGUGUGGAAAUUUCAUGCAAAUCCCCAGAUGUUAUACAUGGAUCUCCUAUAUCUCAGAAGAUUAUUUAUAAGGAGAAUGAACGAUUUCAAUAUAAAUGUAACAUGGGCUAUGAAUACAGUGAAAGAGGAGAUUCUGUAUGCACUGAAUCUGGAUGGCAUCCGUUGCCUUCUUGUGAAGAAAAAACAUGUAAUGUGCCUUAUAUUCCAAAUGGUGUCUACUCACCUUUAAGGAUUAAACACAGAACUGGAGAUGAAAUCAGGUACCAGUGUAUAAAUGGUUUUUAUCCUGCAACCUGGGGAAAUACAGCAAAAUGCACAAGCACUGGCUGGAUACCUGCUCCAAGAUGUACUUUGAGACCUUGUGAUUAUCCAGACAUUAAACAUGGAGGACUAUAUUAUGAGAGCAUGCGUAGACCAUACUUUCCAGUACCUGUAGGAAAAUAUUACUCCUAUCACUGUGAUGACUCUUUUGAGACUCCUUCAGGAAGUUCCUGGGAUUACAUUCAUUGCACACAAGAUGGGUGGUCACCAGCAAUACCAUGCCUCAGAAAAUGUUACUUUCCUUAUUUGGCAAAUGGAUAUAAUGAAAAUAAUGGAAGAAAGUUUGUACAGGGUAACGCUAUAGAAGUUGCCUGCCAUCCUGGCUACAGUCUUCCAAAAGAGCAGACUACAGUUACAUGUACAGAGAAUGGCUGGUCUCUUACUCCCAGAUGCAUCCGUGUCAGUAAGUACACUGCUCUGAGAUCCCAGCAUGUUCAUGUCUUUCUAAAUAACAGAGAUGACAUUCUAAUACUCAUCUAUAUUAACUGUGGCAAAAUGUUUAUGUCAACUUGUUUUGCCAGCAGACCUAUUUCAUUUUUGGUUUUUCAAUUGUGUAUAAAUAAAUAUACAAAUUUCUUGAUAAGUACAUAGUAAAAUAAAUUAUCCUAUUAAUGGGCAUUAGUCAAGAAUACAGUAAAAUAAUUUGAACACAAUACUUGUUGGUUAAAUUAAGUCAUAAUGAAGCGGCAUCACUGUCUGGGUAAAUACCCGAGGUUCAUUAUCUCACACCAAGAAGAUUAAGGGCAUGGACACACACACGGAUUGCGUUUAGGGGCACAGGUUUAAUAGGCAAAAGAAAGAGAAAGGACAGCUUCCUCUCUCGUGAGAGAGAACGGCACCUGAAAGUGAAUCCCUGCCCCUGGUGGGGUGCACUGGAUUUUAUAAACAGCCUUGAGGAAACAGUGUCUGAUUUAAAUAGGGCCCAAAGAUUGGUUAGACCAGGAGUGAUAUUUACAUAAUAUGCCGGGAAGUUGGCCGCCACACCCUAAUGUUAUAAAGCAAAUGGGAUCUUUGCCUGGCCAGCGUCGUGUUGCCUUCUCCUUACUGUACACAUGGCUGGCAAAGAGAAGGAAAGAUGCAGCUGCCAUAUGAACAUGCCUAGUCCCAGGUAGCCUUUUCCUAUUGGCACGACUGCUGGCAUUCACCUUGCAAGCUUCCAGCUUGCUUGUCUAUGUUUGCAGUUCAAUUUUAUAGGCUCUUCUUAUUAGAAAGAAAAGGAUUUGGGGGCUGCUUUUCAUUAGAAGGAAAAAUCUUACCAUUGACAACUGUACCCGCAUUAUCUGCCUAAACAAUUUUUUCUUAACUCCUAUAUCAAUAUUAAUAUUUACAUUGGAAUCAAUCAUUUGACUCAAAGUAAUUAUACAAUUUUAUUUUAAAAUAGAAAGUAAAUAUAGUGAUAGCCAAAAAUUCAUAUAUUCAAGCAGUGAUAUGACAUUUUUACAGUAAAGCUAUUUGACUUUCUCUAGUAUAUGUAAGUACAAAUGGGUAUUCUGGGAUAUCGUGCAUAUUCUACUCUUAGAAGGUUUCCUACAGUGUUUAUUCUAAUAUACAUUUAUAUCAACAGUUCCUUCUUUGUUUACAUGUUGUUAAUGAUUGGUGAUGUCACAUUUUAAUAUUUACAAAUUGAGUGGCUAUGAAAUGUUAUAGCACUGUAGUGUAAAUUUGCAUUUCUUUCUUUUUUUUAAUUAUACUUUCAGUUCUAGGAUACAUGUGCACAACGUGCA